AUGCAGUAUUGUCAACAAAAGCUUCCUCAGUGGAGCAAACAAAAAUUUGGUAAUUCUAAGAGAAGGAUCCAAGAUCAGCUGGCACAUCUAUCCUUCCUUCAGGACAGAAACACAGGCCAUCUCACUGAGGAAAUUAAGAAAGUACAAAGAGGGGUGGAGGUUAGCUUAGAGACUGAUAACAUGAAGUGGAAGCAAAGGGCCAAGCAAAGGUGGCUAAAGGAGGGUGAUAGAAAUACUAAGUUCUUCCACCAAGCUGCAUCACAAAGAAGAAGAACAAACUUGAUCAAGAAGCUGGUGGACAGCAAUGACCAAACAGUAACCUUGAGAAAAGGAAUCUGUGAAAUGUUCCAAGGCUAUUUCACUGACCUUUUUUCCUCCUCAAACCCCAUGCAACCUUCUAAUUGCAUCUCUUCCUUAGAGAUCCAAGUGACUGAGUCCCAAAAUGAGUUUCUCACCAGACCCUACUGCACUCAGGAAGUGGAAGAAGCUCUCUUAAGCAUGAAUGGGCUAAGCUCGCUAGGACCAAAUGGUUUUCUAGCAAUUUUCUACCAAAAACACUGGUUCAUAGUGGGACCUAAAGUAUGUGAAGCAGUAUUGAAGGUGCUGAAUGGGAAGGAUAGCAUGGGAAGCAUCAACAACACUUUCAUUGCUUUGAUACUAAAGAAAAGGGCACCACUUUGUGACAGAAUUCAGACCUAUAUCCCUAUGUAG